UUAUAAGAAAAUUCAGUCGAAAAUUUCGCAAAUUGUACAAUGGCCUUAAAAACUGUCUUUGUUAUACUCAGUGUGCUGUGUUUCAUCCAAGCUGCUGAUUUAGGCAAAACAGCAAUUUUGAAAAAAAUCACUACUAUUUUAAACCACAUACCGGAAUCUGAAAAGAAUGAUUUUUUGCGGUACCACCUAAACAAAGGGCGUGAAUUAAUGUUGGCACAACUGUCAGACAACUACCCUGAUUUUGACUAUGACUUAGAUGAGGACGAUUCAAUUUUACUCUACAAAUACUUUGCUACAAAUAAUUUGGUGACCGACGAAGAGGUGGUGAAAAAAGUCAGUAACAUAAUUUGCUGGGGUAAUAAAUGUAUCGAUUUCUCUGAUCCGGGGGUUCACCCCUAAUAAAACAUUCAAUCAAA